AUGGGAAACUCGAACGCCAAGGCCAAGGCAUCGUCGAGGCGGCCGUCGACGUCCACAACGUCGGCAGAAUCGACAGCGCGCUCUGCCUCUGAAGGACACCUCGUGUUGCCAGCUUCAUCUGCGAGCACGUCAGCCGCCUCCCGCACGGCGUCACAUCCGCCAUCCCGCUCCAACCGCCGACAAAGUACAUCAACCGACUCCGUCGUCGCUGGCGGCAUUGAACGCGGACAAGCAGCCGUCGAGGAUGCAAAUCGACAACUCAGCUACUGGAACAUGGCGCGACACGGAUACGACCAAAUGGUGAACCUCAUCAUUCGACCACCUCGGGCCAAGUACCAAGUUGAUGAGCUGGGGCCGACUACGUUUGCCUUCUGCGGUCGUCGCUUCGAGCGCACCGACUUCCAUGUGUCUGUCCAGCGCCGCGGGAUGCCACUCAAACUGCAAUGCUCCCACUGGCAUCCCAUCGCCGCAGACCGCCCCGCCGCGGCCCUGCCCUGCCUCAUCUACCUCCACGGCAACUCGUCAUGUCGCCUCGAAGCACAUUCGAUCUUGCGCUGUGUCUUGUCCACAGGAGCGACGGUUGUGGCCUUGGACUGCAUUGGUUGCGGGUUGUCUGACGGCGAUUACAUUACGCUGGGCUACUUUGAACGAGACGACGUGCACGCUGUGGUGGAGCAUCUUCGCAGCAUCGAGUCGGUGUCCACCAUCGGACUAUGGGGGCGCAGCAUGGGGGCUGUCACGGCGCUGCUCCACGCCGACCGCGACCCGUCGAUCGCCGGCCUGGUUGUGGACUCGGCAUUUGCUAACCUCGACCAAUUGGUGCACGAGGUCGUGGAGCAUGGAAGGCAGGAAGGGUACACGAUUCCGACGCUCGCCGUCAAGAUCGUCAUGCGGUGGAUUCGGUCGUCUGUUCUCAAACGAGCCCACUUUGACCUGAAAGAGCUCAGUCCUAUCGACCAUGUCCACCAAUCGUUUAUUCCUGCUUUGUUUGUUGCGGCCCACAACGAUACGUUUAUCCGACCCCACCACACGGAAGCCCUGUUUGCAAAGUAUGCAGGCGACAAGAACGUGAUCAAGGUCAAAGGCGAUCACAACAGCCCUAGACCCCAGUACCUGCUGGAUUCAGCGGGGAUAUUCCUUCAGACUGUGCUGCACAUGGACCUAGCAUGGCAACUCCACGACCCGUUCGCCGCCGCGUCGGCGUUGCCGUGGUGUCAGGAGAGUCUGUUUCUCGCGCGAAUGUUUGAACAAUCGGCCGCUCAGUCGUUUGGACCACCAGCACCCACCGUGUCAUGGCCAUGUCCUGCCUGUACAUUUAUCAAUCCACGCGGAUGCAAUCAUUGCCUUGUCUGCGAUACCGUCCCAGCGUCAAGUGCACUAGUAUGCACUAUCGACCCGCCUUCCACCCCCCCAUCAUCAUCGACUGGCAACGUCGAAGUAGUCGUUCAAGCAGACGACUCAUCGUCAUCUGGUUAAGUCGUCGAUGGAUCGUCAAUCUCUCAACCCACCGAUUCGAUACAAGUGUCGAGUUAUGGCUUUUUCUUUGUCGCGCGCUAUGCUAUAUGGGGCUAUUAUUUACGGCGAGGCUUGGGACCUAAUAGGGCAAACGUCAAUUUCAUUGAUAUAAUCAAAACAGUAAUGCAAUAUACCUCCUAUG